AUGGCGGGUCAAACAAACCCGGAAUUAUCCCCAAAAGACUCAGACGUGAAUGAAGAAUUGCAGGAGCUUGAAUUCACGAAAAGGGGUUGUUGUUUUUGGUUUCCAUCUUUCACAUGUGGCAGAAGCGUAUGGGAACGGGUGUCUACCAGCGAUCAAAAGGAAGAACCCCAUUGGUGGGAUAAGGGUUUGAUCGCCGUUAUGAAAGUCAGGGAGUGGUCGGAACUUGUGGCAGGUCCAAAAUGGAAGACAUUCAUUCGACGAUUCAAUAAAAAUCGUUCCAAAACAAAUAAAUUCAAUUACGACCCGUUGAGUUACUCCUUGAAUUUCGACGAUGGACCAGGGGUAAACGAUCAAUCGGAAGAUGAUCGUUUAUUCCGUGAUUUCUCGUCGAGAUUCACUUCAAUUCAGGUUUCUGCUAAGUCUUCAAUGGAUUUGGGCAAAGACCCACCAUCCAAAUUGUGA